AUGUCUUGCUCCAGCCUGUGCUAUCCAGAAUGCGGGGUGGCCCGUCCCAGUCCAGUUUCUGGCAGCUGCAACGAGCCGUGCGUUAGGCAGUGCCCUGACUCUGAAGUGAUCAUCAGACCAUCACCGGUUGCCGUAACCAUCCCAGGACCAAUUCUCAGCACUUUCCCUCAGCACAGUGAAGUGGGAGCUGUUGGAGCACCUGUGGUCGGACCCGGCUAUGGGGGCUCAUUCGGUUAUGGGGGAUUGAACGGCUAUGGGGGUGCUUACGGAGGAUUGUAUGGUUACGGGGGAUUAGGUGGUUACGGGGGCCAUUAUGGUUAUGGAGGAUUGUGUGGUUACGGGGGCCGUUAUGGUUAUGGGGGAUUGAGUGGUUACGGGGGCCGUUAUGGUGGACUGUGUGGUUACGGGGGAGGUUAUGGAGGAUUGUGUGGUUAUGGGGGAGGUUACGGUUAUGGAGGAGCAUGCGGUUCUGGGGUAUCUUGCCAUAGGUACCUGAGUGGAAGCUGUACACCAUGUUAA